UUACUGCGGAACUUCAAAUAUGGCGACCCCCAUGAAAACGUGGAUUUGAAGAAUCGUGCCAGGGACAGGACUAAUAACAUUCAAGGAAAUCUGCAGGUAAAGCAAGGUUACAGUAGAAAAUGUCGAAACCUUCCAAGAAAAAGCUGACCCUCAUGGAGGACUUCCCAAGAGGAGGUGUCAAGAAGAUGCCCAAGAAAAGAAAGACAAAGGAACCGGUUCAAGAUCUGUUCAAGACAAAUGAUGGUGAGAAGAAGCCAGAUCAUCAUCAAAGUGGGCCGAAGAAGAAGAAGUUCAAGCCUGGAAAUCAGAAACAACAGCUCAGUCACUAUCCUCCGCCACAGAAGGGUUCGUCCAAGUUGGAGAGUCUCCGGUUUAAUCACAUUGAGGUUGGGAUGCACAUCUUGUGUUGUGUGGCCAAAGUGGGAAACUACAGCUUGACCAUGGACCUGCCUGGGGGCCUGCAGGGGGAGGUGGCCAUCACAGCCAUCUCGGACACCUACACUGACCAGCUCAGCAGACUGACCAGCGACGACUAUGAAGAGGACCAGGAAGAGGAAAUCGCCCACCUCAAGGACAUGUUCAGGCCAGGACUGAUCCUACCGUGUGAAGUGACGGCUAUCAAGAUACGCUCGGGGUCCAAGAAGAAGAUCUUCCUCAGCAUGAACCCCAAGCUGGUCAACCGACACCUGGAGGUGGAGCACCUCGUGGAGGGCAUGAUACUGUUUGGCAGUGUGAGGUCCCGGGAAGAUCAUGGCUAUGUUUUGGAUGUUGGUGUGGAAGGAGUGACAGCAUUUCUGGCUGACAGUCGGGCAGACAAAUACAUCACCAGUGUGAAUGAAGGUGAAUCCCCGAAACUAGGUCAGGUUGUCAUGUGCACCAUCUUGUCCAGCAAGAACAAAAACAUCAAAGUGUCAAUCAACCCGAAACAGGUUGACAACGCUCAGGUGACAAAGAGUGUGAUGGUUGUCCCUGGGAUGAAGGUGUCUGGCACCAUUCAGCAGGUACUUAAAGAAGGUCUGGUUGUCGAGUUUGAUGGACAGACCUGCCUUGUGCAUCAGACACACACCCCGGCCUACACCCUGGAGAAGUACACCCAGGGGAGCAAGGUGAAAGGAACAGUGUUGUACAGACUGUUGAAGAAUCGGACGACCCAUCUGUCCCUCCUCCCCCACCUGUCCGGUGCCACAUGUGGAGGUCUCAGUGACAAGUUCACCACCCUAACAGACAGGACCACGCCACACAAAGCCAGGGUCCUUGACGCCAUGGACAGGAUAGUUUGGUUCACCUUGGACAAUGGAGUCAGAGCAUUAGCAACGCGACCACACCUGAGGGCUGUAGCUACCGACAUGAAGACACCAUUGCAGAAAACAUUCCGGGUCGGAGAGAAACACAGCUGCACAGUUGUUGGCCACAACCUGAUGGAGAAUGUGGUGCAUGUUCACUUGUCAGGGAAGACUGAAACAAACAAACCCUCUUCUGGAGAAAAAAAUGAGGAAUCGCUCAUCCAGAAGCGAAAGUUGGAAAAUAUGAAAUCUGAAUCAUCCAUUUCUAAAUUGAAAUCUGAUGCAGAAUCAGAACCAAAGUCAAAAAAGAAGAAAUCAGAAAAGGGGGAAAAAUUUUCUAAAGAUGAACGAAAUUUGAAAAAUGUAAACGGCACUUAUGAAACCGAAAAUUUGAGUGAAAAAAAGAAAAAGAAGAAAUCAAAAUCAAUAAGUGACAUUAAAUGUGAAACUGGCGAUUCUGAGGACACAGACAAUGUGAAAAGUGCAAAGAAAAAGAAAUUAAAAGAAAUAAGGAAAAGCGCAGUAGACUUUGCUGAGAGUGAAAGUGAUGAGAGUGAAAGUGAUGAUAGUGAUGAUAGUGAUGAUGAGGUAACAGGUACAAAGAAAACAAAACUUGAAACUGACUACUUGAAGAUACAGGAAACGAAGACAAAGUUAAAAAAGAAAGAUAAGACCAAUAUGGAGCCAUCGGUCAAAGAAACACCUUCGAAGAAAGUGAAAGCUGUUAAAGAGGAAUUGAUGAAAGAGACCCCGGGUAAGAAAGACAAGACCACUAAGAAGACAUCCGUGAAAGAGACGCCAUUGAAGAAAGCAAAGGCUGAUAAAGAGGAAUCAGUUAAAAAAACACCGGCUAAGAAAGGAACAGCUGGUCAAGAGGAAUCAGUGAAAGACACACCAGCUAAGAAAACAAAAGCUGAUAAAUUAAUCAAAGAAACACCGUCAAGGAAAGAAAAGGCUGCAAAAGAGAAAUCGUCAAGAGAAACGCCAGGAAAGAAAGACAAAUCGGUGAAAGAAACGCCAUCAAAGAAAGGAAAGACAAAGUCAACAGAGGAAAGCGACAGUGGGGUUGAAGUUAACAAGGCUUCUGAUUCUGAUGAUGAUGAAGACAUGAAGGUACCAACAGUUGGUGCCAAUCCUCCAAGACUCACAAUGUCAGCAGGGUUCUCCUUCAGUGAAGACUUCUCUAUAGCACCAUCUGGUGUCAAUGAUGUCAGCAGCGAUGAUGAGGUUGAAGAAAAAAAGUAUGUGAAGAAGACCCCUCAUGAACUAAGGCAAGAGAGGAUUGACGAAGAAAAGAAAAUCUAUGCUUAUGAGCGCCAGCAGUUGGAAGGGGAUCAGAUCCCAGUGUGCAGCAACGACUUCGACCGCCUGGUACUGCAGUCGCCUGACAGCUCCCUGCUGUGGACCCGGUACAUGGCCUUCCAUCUGGAGACAGCCGAGAUUGACAAGGCAAGAACUGUGGCAGAGAGGGCGCUCAAGACAAUAUCUUUCAGGGAGGAGCAGGAGAAGCUGAAUGUGUGGCUGGCCUACAUGAACCUGGAGAACAUGUAUGGGGCAGAGGCCCAGCUCACCGCGGUGUUUGACCGAGCCCUGCAGCAGAACGACCCCGUCAAGGUGUACAGGCAGAUGGUGCAAGUGUACUCCAACAGUGGCAAGAUGGAGGAAGCGGAGAAGAUGUACAAUACUAUGACAAAGAAGUUCACUCAGGACAAAACAGUUUGGACAGGGUUUGGCUUGUUCUUCUUCAAAAAUGGUCGCCCUGAAGCUGCAAGAAAACUUCUGCAAAGGUGUCUGAAAAGUUUGGACAAGAAAGAUCAUGUUGAGCUGAUCUCCAAGUUUGCCCAGAUGGAGUACAAGCAGGGGGAGCCCCAGCGUGGCUGCACCAUGUUUGAAAACGUCCUCACCAACUACCCCAAGCGUACUGACCUGUGGUCAGUGUAUCUGGACAUGGUCAUCAAGACAGGCAACCUGGAUGAUGUCAGGCAUCUGUUCGAGAGGGUUAUCCACAUGAAAAUGUCAUCAAAGAAGAUGCAGUUUUUCUUUAAGAAAUAUAUGGACUUUGAGAAGAAAUAUGGCGAUUCCAAGUCUAUGGAGAAAGUGAAACAGAAGGCUUUGGAGUAUGUGGAGUCUCAGGGCUUUACUGAGGCCAGCUGAUGCUGACACGUGUCAAAGUGAAAUGUACCUGAAUCGUCUGUAUCCACAUGAUCUUAUAUGGAAUAAAAAUGAAAUCUACACUGCAAUGUACGCUA